GGGACGGGACGGGACGCCGGCCCAGCGGUGACAUUGAGGGAAGCCGGGGAGGGCCUGGGGAACGCCGCCGGGGCGGGAGGCCGCGCCAUGUGGGGACGCGCCGAUAGGGCUGUUAAACUGCUGGGAAGAAAUAUUCCCUCAAUUCUGAGGAUGACUAAAGGAGUGGAUCCGAAGAUAAGCAGGCGGCUUUGCAUUAAACCCCAGGAACAAAGUCAACUUCAGCCAAGAAGUCGGUCUCCUUUGAGGGUGCCUGGACACAAGCCUACAGACUGGGAGAAAAGAUUUUUGUUGUGGGCAGGCCAUUUCAAAAAACCAGAGGAUAUACCAGAGACUGUCUCGAUUGAAACAAUCAGAGCAGCAAAGACCACACUGCGUGUGAAGAUCAGCUAUGUAAUGAUUGCCUUGACAAUAUUGGGAUGCAUAGUCAUGGUGAUUAAAGGGAAGCAGGCUAUAAAAAGGAAUGAAUCUCUUACAAGCAUAAACUUGGAGAAGAAAGCUCAAUGGAGAGAGGAAGCUACUCGGAGUACAUCUGCUAAAUCUUAGAGGAGAAAAUGAAGAGACCAAGGACUGGGAAAGAAAAGCUGAGUCCUUUUCAGCACUGGAAGGCGGGUAUAGUCACAUCUUUCCUGUAUGUUAGUUCUGUACUCUCAUGUUCAAGAAAGAAUGAAUACAUUAUCCUGUAAUUAAUAAAACCAGAAAUGCCUAUUUUCUUUUUCUAAAAACCUCCCCUUUCUUCCUAAGUCUCUUUUUCCUGGUUAGUGGAACAGGACAAGUGAGCAAACUGGACAGACAGAAUAGUUGUUUCUCACAUGUGCUAUGCACUAGACUAAGUGUCUUUUAAAAGACUGCAGGAGUUGUACCUGCAUUCUUGGUACCAGUCUCUCUUAUGAAGUCUCACGCUCUUACUAACCACUUACUUAGGAGAAUGUAAGUGGGACACAAAAGGACAGCCUAUUUGGUUUCCACUUGUACAUAAAAAAUACCUUCACUGGACUGUCAUCUGCUAUCACUGACUAUUUCAGGUCCCUCCAAGGUUCCUUCAGGAAGAAUGGUGCUAUAUGUAUUCUAUAUUGUUACUGGCUGCUUCAAAUAUUCAGUAUGUUCCUCUUUGUGCAAGAGAGAACAGUUAUUUGGGGAGCCCUUGAGUCAAGAAUGAUUGCGUGACCUGCAUUAACAUCAUCAAAAUGAUCGUUAAGUUAUUAAAAAGUCUGCUUACCUGGUCUAGGUCCAAUAUAUUCUGGCUGCAUUUAAGUAAAGGAUUACUUUUUGUGAAGAACUGCCUGCCUUUGAUAAAAAGAGGAGGGAGAUCAAAAGUGAAAUGGCAUUGCAGAGAACCAGUGUGUUGCAGAUGACAGCCUAAGGGUUUUUAGGGUUUUUACACCAGAGCUGGUAGUGAGUUGAGAGAAUGUCUGAUAUAAGGGAACAGAGAUUAUUAUUUUGAGGAAUACUGAGCAACAGCUUCAACCUGUGUUACCAGAUUUAUUCAUUGGAGGCACAGGAGUAUGAAAAAGUCAAUCAGGCAUUCCUGCUCUCUGCUGCUAAGCUCUUUUUUCCAAACCUUAGUUAGAUUUAGUUGCAUUUUCCCCCCCUUUUAAAUCAUCAUGUGUGCUUUCAUGAUACUAGCCCACUUAAAAGAUCGUCUGCCUGAAGUUUUAGAAGUAGCAGACCCAGUAAUACCUGCAAAAAGCAACUCCCAACAGUCCUAUUUCUGGCAUUCAUCCCAGAAGAGUCACAUAAUGUUCAUGCUGAACAGCCUGCAGCAACUGGAGACAGUAUUUUUCCUCCUCCUUUCAGUUCAUUUGGAAGGAAACGUAGAUUGGAACCGUCAGGACUGCUCGAAACUAUGUUAUUUCCCAGGACUGCCUGCUAACUGGCCCAGGGGACUCCAGAAGCAGAAGGGGAAGAUGGAUUUGACAGAUUUAGUUUGUGAGCUUCCUGAUAGUGGGAGGCAAAUUAUUUUUCUUGAAACUUUUUCCUGAUUAUUUUUGUUGUACUACUAAAAAUUAGCACUAUUGCUGAAUAAAUUAAAAGCCCUACAAAAACGCAGAGUAAAUCUUGUCUUUACACCUGGAAAAGAAGCAGUAUCUAGUGCAGUCAGUCCUCUCUAGUACUUUGCUUUUUACUCUAGAGGUAGAAAAUAGCUGCUGCAGUCCAUCUUUCUAUUAAUUGCAUUUCUGGGUACCACUCAUAUUGAUGAGAUAUAACCAAUCAAACAAGCUGUGCAGUCAUUCCACCACAGAAGUUAUGACCUUAAGGUGAUGCCACAACCUGUCGUCAGAUUCUCUGUAAGGCAAUUAUUGCAAGUAUGACAUCAAGCAAGCAGAGCAGGCUUCCACAGAUUUGUCCACUCAUUUAGCACUGAAUGCAAGUCACACUUCAUUCCACUGCAGGUAUGUGAACAGAUCUUCCAUGACAGCUCUGGUUCUUUGCCACACCAGUAGGCACACAGGUGGGAACCAAAAACAUCUUCCCAAAUUUGUGUGCCUGUGCUCAUAUAUGUAUUAAAUGAGACCAAAAAGGAGAACAUGCACUUCAGACAAUAUUGCAGGUUACCACGAAGAGAAACUUGUGAUUUGAUUUAUGCUUGGUGAUGGCAGAGCUUAAAAGCAUGCAUCUCAAAAGUAUGCCCCUUUCAGUAAGCACCUGAGUGCACUCUGUGAACCGAACGGACAGGUACCUCAUCUAGUUUUGGAAAUAAAACUAUUCGGACUCAUCCAGCUGGUAAAGUAUUUCAAAUAAAAAUAUGUAAAAUACCACUUAGAAAGCAACACUUCAGAGCAGCAAUGGUCACCACUUUUGCAUUUCACUUAAAUUUCUAUAAGUUCAAACGCUCCAGGUGGAAGCCAUACACCCUUUCCUUCUAUCACUCUGGUAUCACCACCAUUUCAGUAUCUACCAUAAAAAUUGUGCAUCACUGCACACCUUUGUGUUUUUUUUCAGCUUCCAUGUAGGCUCCAGAGUCUCAAAUAAAAGCCUGAGCCAUUGGGCUUUGUGCUGUCUCCAGCUCACUCCCAACCAUUGCAGUAUUUUCUUUCCAAGUAGUUGGGUACCAGAAAAAUGAUGUAAAUCUUUCUCAGAGAGGCAGUGAAAGAAACCACCUCUUUCCUAGUGCGAUGGCUUCCAAGAAAGCACUUCUAAACACAGACAAUGGUUAAAAAAACAGCACGCAUUUCUGACCUAAGCAGCCAGUCUAGCUGACUGAAGAACUUACUUAAUACACCUUGGACCACCUGAUUAGCUCAGAGCUUUAGCCUACAGCCUUUUAACAGUGCCUGAUGGAGAGGAACAUACUAAUACCCUUAAACAGUAUUUCAUUUUCUUUCUCCCGUUUGGCUUGGUCUGCAAGACCAUUCACAUUUAUUCAAAAAAGGCAAAUAAUCAAUCCUAUACCAUAUGCCAGAUUGCUGUACCUAUUCCAAAGGCAACAGAAACUUCCUAAUGCAAUGAUUAAUCUGACAACUUGAACACUGCCUCAGAAGAGCACGCAGGAGCCCUAUGGACAUGGCCAUAGCAGCACACAAAGAGAUCUUGUUUACUUUUCUACUAAGGCUCAGGCAUCUAAAGAAAGACCUUCAUGUCUACUGGCUAAAACUGGCAUGGGAAAGCACUAAUGAUGAGUCAUGCCAAUUCC